CCUCUGGGGUGCCUGCUUCUUCCAGGUUGGAGGCUGCCUGCGCGCGGCCGGGUCGCGGGCACGGGAGGUGGGGAUCUACCUCUGGUUCCAAAGGUCUAGGUCACGUGGGCCGCGGAGAGGCGCGCUCAGAAGCCGGCGUCGGACAGGGUAGUCGCGAGGGGCCGGGCUGCCGCACUUCUCGCCGCCUGCGCCACGGCUGCGCGGACCUGCGGGCUCGGGACUAGGGGGAAUGGUCGGUGCCAUGUGGAAGGUGACUGUUUUGGUGACCAUGUUCAUGUUCAGCCCCGGUGGUAAUGGACUCUUUCACUCCAUAUACAAAAAAGCUCGGGUUUCCGUACCACGUAAGGGAGACGUAGGAAAGCCAUUAUUUCUUACUUCCUACAUUGAAGCUGGAAAACUCGCAGAAGGAAAAAGAAAGAGUUUGGUCCCUCCUUUCCCAGGUUUGAAUGUGAAGAGUUAUGCUGGCUACCUCACUGUGAAUAAGACCUACAACAGCAACCUCUUCUUCUGGUUCUUCCCGGCUCAGGUAGACCCCGAGGUUGCUCCAGUGGCCCUCUGGCUGCAGGGAGGGCCCGGAGGUUCAUCCAUGUUUGGACUCUUUGUGGAACACGGGCCUUAUUUUGUCACAAGCAACCUGACCUUGCGUCCCAGAGACUUUCCUUGGACCACCACACUUUCCAUGCUUUACGUUGACAAUCCAGUGGGCACAGGCUUCAGUUUCACUGACGACCCCCAGGGAUAUGCAGUCAAUGAGGAUGACGUCGCCCGGAAUUUAUACAGUGCAUUAGUUCAGUUUUUCCUGUUGUUUCCUGAAUAUAAAAACAAUGACUUUUAUGCCACUGGGGAGUCGUAUGCAGGGAAGUAUGUGCCAGCCCUUGCACACUAUAUCCACGUGCUCAACCCCGUGAUGAAGAUGAAGAUCAACCUGAAAGGAAUUGCUCUUGGAGAUGCGUAUUCUGAUCCUGAAUCAAUCAUAGGGGGCUAUGCCACAUUCCUGUACCACAUUGGCUUGUUGGAUGAGAAGCAGAGAAAGUACUUCCAGAAGCAGUGUGAUGAGUGCGUGAAAUACAUCAAGGAGAAGAGAUGGCUUCAAGCCUUUGAAGUACUGGAUAAACUACUAGAUGGUGACUUAACAAGCAACCCUUCUUACUUCCAGAAUAUCACAGGAUGCCCUAGUUAUUAUAACAUAUUACAGUGCAAGGAACCUGAGGACCAAAAUUACUAUGGGAAAUUUUUGUCCCUCCCAGAAGUGAGGCAAGCCAUCCAUGUGGGAAACCGGACUUUUAGUGACGGAUCCGAAGUUGAAAAGUACAUGCGAGAAGAUACAGUAAAGUCCGUUAAGCUCUGGUUAGCUGAACUCAUGAACAAUUACAAGGUUCUGAUCUACAAUGGCCAGCUGGACAUCAUCGUGGCAGCUUCCCUGACAGAGCGCUCUCUGAUGGCCAUGAAGUGGAAGGGGUCCCAGAAAUACAAGCAGGCAGAGAGAAAAGUUUGGAAGAUCCUUAAAUCCGAUAAUGAAGUGGCUGGUUAUGUGCGGCAGGUGGAUGACUUCUCUCAGGUAAUUGUUCGCGGUGGAGGACACAUUUUACCCUAUGACCAGCCUCUGAGAACUUUUGACAUGAUUAAUCGAUUCAUUUUCAAUAGAGGAUGGGAUCCUUAUUGAUGGAUAAGCUGCUUUCCUAAAAGAAAAAACAUUGUGGGGAGGGGGGUGGUGGUAAUCUUUGAGAAGAAAAUUUUCAAAAUGGAAACUGUCAUAGAAAUAAGAAAAUUAUCUUUUUAUUGCUUUAAAAUGUUUCUCAUCAAUAAACAUUAUCCUUGAAACAAGGAA